AUGGGGUCGGGCAGCUUCCUGGGGUCAUCUGAUUGGCCCAGCCCUCUCGUCUUAUCGACUGUCCCCGGCGUCAUCGGCCAAGGGACCUGCUUCUCCUCAUCUCACAAGCCCCAAGGCAUCACCGUCUUGCUUCUUCCAACCCUUCAACUUUGUCUCAAUUAUCAAUCAUCUUGUGGUAUCUUCAAAUUACCCCAAGGUACCCGUUCAUCAUCACCAGCUCAUUACCAUCAUUCUUGCUGUGAAAUCCAAACACAGUACACAAUGAGAGUCCUGUCCGCCACUCUCUUGGUGGGAGCUGCUUCGGCCGCUGCUCCGCCCUUCCAGCAGGUCCUCGGAGCUCACAGGGAGUAUGCGGAGAACGUAGCCCAACAGGGUGCGGAUGCACUCAAGCCCCUGCAGCACCUCCAGGACCAGUUCAAGUCUCUUUCUGGUGAGGCUCGUCAGCUCUGGGAGGAAGUGUCUAACUACUUCCCCGAGUCCAUGGAGAGCGCUCCCUUGCUUUCCCUGCCCAAGAAGCACACCCGCCGCCCUGACUCGCACUGGGAUUACCAUGUCAGUGGCGCUGAAGUCCAAGACAUCUGGGUCUCUAAUGCCGAGGGCGUCAAGGAGCGUGAGGUUGAGGGCAAGCUGGAGGACUACAGCCUCCGUGCCAAGAAGGUUGACCCCAGCGCUCUCGGCAUCGACCCCGGUGUGAAGCAGUACAGUGGUUACCUGGAUGACAACGAGAAUGACAAGCACUUGUUCUACUGGUUCUUCGAGUCUCGCAAUGACCCCAAGAACGACCCCGUUAUCCUGUGGCUGAACGGCGGUCCCGGCUGCUCGUCUCUCACCGGACUUUUCUUGGAACUUGGACCCAGCUCUAUCGGUGCUGAUAUCAAGCCUAUUUACAAUGAUUUCUCGUGGAACAACAAUGCCUCUGUGAUCUUCCUGGACCAGCCCAUCAAUGUCGGCUACUCCUACAGUGGCUCCUCUGUCAGUGACACUGUUGCUGCUGGCAAGGACGUCUAUGCCCUCCUCACAUUGUUCUUCAAGCAAUUCCCCGAGUACGCUGUACAGGACUUCCACAUUGCUGGCGAAUCUUACGCUGGCCACUAUAUUCCUGUCAUGGCUUCGGAGAUUCUCUCCCACAAGAAGCGUAACAUCAACCUCAAGUCUGUUCUCAUUGGUAACGGUCUCACCGACGGUCUUACUCAGUACGAGUACUACCGCCCUAUGGCAUGCGGCGAGGGUGGCUACCCCGCUGUUCUGGAUGAGAGCACCUGCCAGUCCAUGGAUAACUCCCUGGCCCGCUGCCAAAGCAUGAUUCAGUCCUGCUACAACAGCGAGAGCCCCUGGGUUUGUGUCCCGGCCUCCAUCUACUGCAACAACGCCAUGCUUGGUCCCUACCAGCGCACCGGCCAGAAUGUUUACGAUAUUCGCGGCAAGUGUGAGGACGAGAGCAACCUGUGCUACAAGGGUAUGGGCUACGUCAGCGAGUACCUUGGUCAGGAGAGCGUGCGUGAGGCCGUCGGUGCUGAGGUCGAUGGCUACGACUCAUGCAACUUCGACAUUAACCGUAACUUCCUCUUCAACGGCGAUUGGUUCAAGCCUUACCACCGCCUCGUGCCCGGUCUCCUUGAGCAGAUCCCUGUUCUGAUCUACGCUGGUGAUGCUGACUUCAUCUGCAACUGGCUUGGCAACAAGGCCUGGUCCGAGGCUCUUGAGUGGCCUGGCCAGAAGGAGUUCGCUGCCGCCAAGCUUGAGGACCUCAAGAUUGUACAGAACGAGCACGUUGGCAAGAAUAUCGGUCAGAUCAAGUCCCAUGGCAACUUCACCUUCAUGCGUAUCUUCGGUGCUGGCCACAUGGUUCCCAUGGACCAGCCUGAGGCUAGUAUCGAUUUCUUCAACCGCUGGCUCGGUGGUGAGUGGUUCUAA